AUGCCAUGUUUGACACCAUUAGGCUUUAGAGCCUUUUCUGGGUCAACGAAAACUGGCCGCGAUUUAUGUGAGAUUAUAAAGGAAAUUCUUGAUCGAUGUGAAUCUCUCAUCGAUCUUUUGCCUGGGCCCCAAACCUCCAGUUACCCUUCCAGAGCACUUCGGUUUGCUUUGUCGCUUGUCGGUCAAUGGGCUGAUACUUCUAGGUAUGGCGUCGGCAGCCUUCAAACUUCAAUUGAAUCCACAAUUAAGGACAAGUCCAUCGCACUUUAUGAUCCGCCGACAGAGCUUAUGAACGCUCUCACCAACGCUUAUGGGCAUGGCAUAGACAACCAUGAAGAAUGUGAUGACACGCAUAUCACUAGUCUCACAUCGUCUGGUACGUGCAACAGCAAGAACACCCACAGCGCUCCCUAUCUGUCGCCUCUUUGCUCGAUGCGCACUACAAAUACCUUGCCCAACAAAAAUGCUGGUCUGUAUCUGUCCGUGGAUUGCAUAUCUCCCAUGGGUAUUUCACAAUACCUCCGAAUGUUGCUUGAUGCUUUCAAGAACAUCUUCUGCCACGAAUGGGGGUGCCACGUAUGUUUCUAUAACGAUAAGUGCAAAAAAGGAAAGCACGGUGAAUCGGAGCAUCCGUGUCAAUGCAGUUCCAUAGCAAAAUGCAAGGGUGUUGCACCAACUCUAUAUAGUUACGGAUUCACAUUUAACGAUGUGCUUUCAUUGAACGCAUCGAAGUUUGCAACAAAAUGCUCUGACUUCCAACAACAGUUGAGCAAAGUAACAAAAUCCAACUAUUUCACAGAGUUAUUUAAACACUGUGAUGAACUACUCUGGAAAAUCAGAGAACCUUUCUCCCAGACAUUAUUAGCCCUCUGGUCGCUCUCGCUCCUGUACCUGCUGCACAUCACCGUCGUCCGCCUCGACGUGCUGAGGAUACGCUCCCACCUGAGAUCACCCUCAAGCCACCGCAUCGCCGCGCAGUCCCUACUCGCCGCCGCACGCGUCAAGGCACUCGCCAACGUCAAGUACUUCUCACCAUAA